UCGAUAAGGAUUUGAAAAAAGAUUAUAACAAGACAAGCGAGUAGACACUGAAGUGGAGCGGACGAACUGUGAAGGAAGAGAAGUAAUGGCACUGUGGAUGAAUACCGCAGUACUUUUCAAACACCACAACUACGGUGGACCGUUUCCGUGGGCUGUUUCUUCUUCUUAUUCUUCCGGAGUGGUUUGUGUUAAUGGGUCAUGGCGAAAUACAUUCUCAUUUGCUAUGAAGUCUUCCACUUCCAGUCAAGCUUCACUUUGGUCCUCUGUUUCUUUUUCUGACAAACGACCUGUAAAGGCCAACUCAGAGAACCACGAACAACGACAGGAAGAGGACGAAGAGGAAGAUUAUCAAGUACUAACGUCAAUCAGAAGCAACUAUAACGACAUUAUGAUUUUGGACACUGCAAAAGCCAAAAUUCUACUUCUUGAUUCUUCUUAUAAUGUUCAUAGCAUUCUUUACAAGCACCAGAAAUGGACCAAUUCCUACUGGGAUGAAUUUGCUAGCUUGCCACCUAUUGUUCCACAGGGUCCAAUUGCCAUUCUUGGAUUGGGUGGUGGAACUGUUGCUCAUUUGAUGCUUGAUUUGUGGCCUAAAUUACAGCUUGAAGGCUGGGAAAUCGAUCAAAUACUGAUUGAUAAAGCUAGAGAACAUUUUGCACUUUCUGAUCUUGAGAAGCAUACAAAUGCUGGUGGUAUGCUUACCGUUCAUGUUGGUGAUGCCUUUUCUCCCUCAAUUAAUGUUACUGGAAGAUAUGCUGGCGUUGUUGUUGACUUGUUUUCUAAUGGAGAAGUUUUGCCGCAAUUGCAAGAGGUUCCAACUUGGUUGAAUUUAAAUAAUUGGUUGAUGCCUGGUGGUCGUAUUAUGGUGAAUUGUGGUGGGACUAGUGGGGCAUCUGAAGUUGAUCUUAAAACUUCAUCAGAUAAUGUCUCGUGGAUGCAGAAUUCUACAAUCAACGCAUUGUCUACAGCUUUUCCUGAACAAAUAAGCUGGAAAAAAUUGGGAAAAGAAAAUGGUGCAAAUUAUCUUGCCCUUACAGGACCUAUACCUGAUUUAGAGUCAUGGUCCACAAUGGUACCAGAGCCUCUGAGCAACAGUGUAAGGGAGUGGAAGCCAUAUGAGGAGAGUUAGGCCUAAACUAGAUUGUUGUAUGGAAAUUACUUCGCAGUUUGCUCCAAUUAAAGUUUGACCAAAUAAAUUCCUCUGAUGUAGACGGUCAUCACAUUGAAACACGCAAGUGGAAUGUGAGCACAUGCUGAAUCUUGUAAGUUAUGAGGUUGACGUUAGAUAUCUUAUUUCAAUUUAAUAAUUUUUUUUUCUGGACAAGUAAUGUCGAUGUGGGAGAUGUGCUCAUGACAGGGAAAUAACUGAGUUGUAUGAUUUCCUAUUCAUUUUAACUAUUGUUUUUAUUUUCAGUAGCUUGUAAAAUGACCAACAAGAGAUAUUGACAAUUAUAAACCCAUCAUUUUCAAAUGAUA